AUGCCAAGCCAACUAUAUGAGAUACUGAAGGAAACUGCGACGGCACAUGUCCGGGCAUAUUCGAGUCCAAAGCACUGGGAUGCGGACGCAAUCUGGCCCCUUCGAACAUCCGACUGCGUGCACUACCUGCAUCCUAUAGAGUCAAUUCCACCACCUUUCAACGAACCUAUCAGAGAGGAGCAACAUCGGCAUUUCAUGGCCUUUUUCGGCGAUUGCAUGUCUCGGUGCCAAUUCGACAUACUGGACAUGGCUGUGGACGAAGAAAGGCGAAUCGUGGUCACUACACUUCAAGCGACAUACGACUUCAAAGCUGUUGGAGACGAGCCAGAGGUUAAGGAUUGGACGGCGCAAUAUGUGUGGCUAAUUGAGAUGGAGGAGACUGGCAGGAAGAUUAAGCGAGUGGAGGAAUUCAUGGAUGCUCAGAGGCUGCUAGGAUUUGCAGCUACCAGGGCCCACAAGUACCAAGACGCUAUGAAGAAGAUGUAA